AUGAACACUAUAUAAAGCCAACUUCCAUGGCUUCAGGUCCAUAGCCCUCCACUCCAAACUCUCCUGUCACAGCUCAUGCAUUUCAUGAAGAUGAAUGCCUCUCCUGCUCUCUUCUUCUCUCUGAUUGCUGGCCUAGUAGUUGUUGGAACCCUUCCAGUCUCCUCGGAGGCAGCUCGUGCCUUCUUCGUGUUUGGCGAUUCUCUUGUUGAUAACGGGAACAACAACUACCUGGCAACCACAGCUCGAGCGGAUCGACCCCCUUAUGGCAUUGACUACCCGACUGGCCGACCAACCGGCCGUUUCUCCAAUGGGCUGAACGUCCCUGACAUAAUAAGUGAAAAUCUUGGAGCUGAACCUACGUUGCCAUACUUGAGCCCCGAGCUCCGAGGGGAAAAGCUACUUGUGGGUGCCAACUUUGCAUCAGCAGGCAUCGGUAUACUCAACGAUACCGGAAUCCAAUUCGCGAACAUAAUUAGGAUACGGAGGCAAUUGAGCUACUUUGAGCAGUACCAGCAGAGGUUGAGCUCCCUCAUAGGUUCGGCACGGACGCAGCGUCUUGUAAACCAAGCGCUAGUUCUGAUUACCCUGGGCGGCAACGACUUCGUUAACAACUACUAUUUGGUGCCUUAUUCCCCAAGAUCUCGGGAAUUCUCCUUGCCUGAUUAUGUUACCUAUCUGAUCUCCGAAUACAAGAAGAUACUUGCAAGCCUGUAUGAAUUGGGAGCCCGUCGGGUGCUGGUCACUGGGACUGGGCCCCUUGGCUGCGUCCCGGCAGAGCUUGCAUUGAGGAGCAGGAACGGCCAAUGCGACACUGAGCUUAAUCGAGCCUCCGACCUAUUCAAUCCCCAGCUGAUCCAGCUGUUGAAUCAGCUCAACCGCCAGUUCGGCUCGGAUGUUUUCGUCGCAGUGAAUUCCCGCAAGAUGCAUAUGGACUUCAUAUCCAACCCACAAGCAUACGGUUUUGUUACAUCAAAGGUGGCAUGCUGCGGACAAGGACCUUAUAACGGCAUCGGACUCUGCACUUCGUUGUCCAGUCUAUGCCCGAACAGGAACGUCUAUUCCUUCUGGGACCAAUACCAUCCCACGGAGAAAGCCAACCGGAUCAUCGUGAGCCAAUUCAUGACUGGAUCAACCGAGUACAUGAACCCCAUGAACUUGAGCACCAUUCUGGCCAUGGAUGCACGAUCCUAGGCUGGGGUCAGCUUGCAUGCUUCCAUCUUCUUGCCUUUCCAGCACAGUUCUCUGUCUGGGGUAAUAAACAUUUCGUCUAGAAGGGCUGUCGUAUGUGAGUUGGAGUUUCACGGUCAUGCACAUGUUCGUUAGAAUUUCAUGACGUAUGUGAUUGAAUUUAGAAAAAUGCCUAUAUAGUGUUUGAACAUCUACAUAACUAGGGAUGAUCGGUGUACUGCAAUUUCCCCGUCUCCAGUCGUUGCGGUGGAAUUCAUUCCAACUUUAGCCGGUUAGUGUCUUGUAUUCGGUUUUCGGAAUAUAUUAUAUUGCAGACUAUGAAUUGCGAAUUCGUAA